UUUGGUGUGUAAUUGAAUUUAAAAUCUUGAAAUGUGAAUCAAAAGGUGAGAAACUUGAUCACGUCUAAAGAGGUAAGAGGGAAGGGAUGAUUUUUGAAGCAGUUAUUAGUUUGGAAUUUCCUUUGAAUUAUGUUGACAUGUCUGCAACCCAGUUGGUUCAGCUUCACUCGCUGCUGCAACAAUGCACAUAAUCUUCGCGCCAAUUCUCCGCAGGCCCAAACUCAUUGCAUUCUCCCUUCAAUUCUCAAACCUCUCUUCGUCUCGUUCAUUUCACCAGUCCCAAAAUGCACCCUCAAACCAGAACAUCGCUACCAUUGUUCACUCCCUCUGCGACUCUCGCCGUUUCUCCGAAGCGCAAUAUCGCUUCUCCCUCUCCCUCGCCUCCGGCUCCCUCCCCGAUGAGCGCACCUGCAACGUCCUCCUCGCUCGCAUGCUCGCUUCUCGAACACCUCACGCCACGUGGCGCCUCAUCCAAUCCCUCAUCGCUUCCAAGCCCGGUUUCGUUCCCUCUUUGGUCAACUACAACCGUCUGAUGGACCAGUUUUGCGGUGCCCAUCAACCCCUGGACGCUCACAGGCUGUUUUUUGACAUGAAGAGUCGUGGCCAUCGCCCAAAUGUUGUCUCUUUCACCACUUUGAUUAAUGGGUACUGCUUGGUUCGUAGUAUUAGGGAAGCGCGCAAGGUGUUCGAUGAAAUGCUUGAGAGUGGCGUGGAGCCGAAUUCGGUGACCUGUAGUGUUUUGAUUCGCGGUGUUCUUCGGGAGAGAGAUCUGGAAGGUGGGAGGGAGUUGAUGUGCAGGUUGUGGGAGAUGAUGAGUGUGGAAGCAGAAGAUUCUGUGAAGACCGCGGCAUUUGCAAAUUUGGUUGAUUCCUUGUGCAGGGAGGGGUUUUUUGGUGAAGUGUUUAGGAUUGCCGAGGAGUUGCCGUUCGGGAGUGGUUUUUCUGAGGAGGUUGCUUAUGGACAGAUGGUGGAUUCUCUUUGCAGAGUUGGGAGGCAUAAUGGGGCAGCUAGGAUUGUUUACGUAAUGAGGAAAAGAGGGUUUGUUCCGAGUGAGGUGUCGUAUAAUUAUGUCAUUCAUGGGCUUAGCAGGGAUGGUGAUUGUAUGAGGGCUUAUCAGUUGUUAGAGGAAGGAGCUGAAUUUGGGUUUAUUUUAUCUGAGCAUACUUAUAAGGUACUCGUGGAAGCUCUUUGCCAAGUGUUUGAUGUGGACAAGGCGAGGGAAGUUUUGAAACUCAUGCUGAGUAAGAAAGGUGUUGACAAGACUAGGAUUUACAACAUUUACUUGAGAGCUCUUUGUCUUGUGAACAACCCAACAGAGCUUUUGAAUGUACUUGUGUUUAUGCUUGAGACCCAGUGUCAUGCUGAUGUGAUCACCCUCAACACGGUGAUCAAUGGCUUUUGCAAGAUGGGUAGGGUUGAUGAAGCAUCAAAGGUAUUGCAUGACAUGUUAAUAGGAAAAUUUGCUGCACCUGAUGUUGUGACCUUCACGACUUUGAUUUCUGGUAUGUUGGAUGCUGCAAGAAUCAAUGAAGCUCUAGAUCUGUUUCAUAAGCUGAUGCCUGAAAAUGGUAUAAGGCCUAGUGUUGUGACUUAUAAUGCCCUUCUCCGGGGUUUGUUCAAACUAAAGCGACCAAAUGAUGCAUUGAUGGUUCUUGAUGACAUGGUAAAUGAUGGCAUUACGGCAGAUAGUACCACAUAUACAGUUGUGGUAGAAGGUCUAUGUGAAUCUGAUCAAGUAGAAGAAGCAAAGAGAUUUUGGCACAAUGUUAUAUGGCCUUCAGGGGUUCAUGAUAAUUUUGUUUAUGCAGCAAUUCUGAAAGGAUUUUGCCGCUCUGGCAAUUUUAACGAGGCUUGCCAUUUUUUAUAUGAAUUAGUAGAUUCUGGGGUCUCUCCGAAUAUAUUUAGUUAUAAUAUUCUGAUCAACUGUGCGUGCAAUCUUGGUCUGAAAAGUGAAGCUUACCAGAUUGUCAGAGAGAUGAAAAAGAAUGGUCUCAGUCCUGAUUCUGUGACAUGGAGAAUACUUGACAAGUUAAAUGGCAAAGUGGGGAAGGACAUCCAUUCUGAAGAUCCUACCAUGUCAGUAUUUUAUGAGGCAUGACAUGAAGUCGGGAUUGAAGUAAAUGAAAUUUGGUUUGUGCUUUAAAAUAUCAACAAAAUUUCGUGGUUGGAUUCAAAGCGUCUAAAGCAUGCAUAAAAGGAGCUUUGAAGUUUGCACAAUAUCAAUGAGGAGCAAUGGUAAAAUUCUGGAUUUUCUACAUAUAAACACGAAAGUAGGUUAUUAAGCCGUGCUUCAGCUGAUAUGCGUGAAACGAUGAUAUUUGAUCUUGAACAGAGAUGAAAAAAUUAUGCGAGUCUGAGAUAAAUUUUGUGAUGAAUGAAGCUACUGAAAGAGAAGCAAGGAGAGGAGAUUUAUACAGUCAGCAUUGCAUGGCAUAUAUCAAACACUAGUUUAUGUACGAAAGGCACAUAGACAAGCUCCAAUAAUGAAGCCACAAGAGGAAAUCUUCUACCGCAAGUUCUAUCCAUUAAUUACUUGAAAUAAGUUGCGACAAUUAUUAUGUACGAAAAGAAGGGUACUAUAGGAUUCUGAUUAGUUUUUUGAGAUUCUUUUUUAAACAAUUUUGGUGAAAGAAUUUUUUAGAUCUUUGUAGUUCAAAGAGUGAGAGGUAGAAAGAUUUGCAUAGGAAUAUUUGAGGUAUGAUGUUCCAUCCCACAAAAACAAAUUGCAUCCUUCUCUGAGCAAUUGAGACAAAAAUUUAGAUCUUAUUUUCAGUCUUACUGUAAGCAAUUGAAACGAAAAUAUAGUUAUUUAUAGGACAUGAGUUGUUCGGGUUGUGGAUUAAUUUAGGUAAAGUAUUUGGA